ACAGUUCGUGUGGUGCUCCGAAAAAGGUGAGUAAUACCAAAGCAACCAAACAACGAUGGCUGCCAUUGAUCCUUUCAUCGUGUACCUUGUUGUGGCUGUGGUCAUUGCGAUAAUUCUUCUUGUUGUGUCAUUGGUGAACAAGUUCAGUAGCGGAACUGCUAAAGUGAACAAUGCUGCCAGAGCUGCCCCGCGACCUCUACCUGCUGAAGGGCCCCCUGGUGUCAGACGGCGAGUUCGCAGACGGAUGAGAGUGGAUCGAGAUGACUCGGAUGAAGAUGGAUUUGACCCUGACAAUAUUGAUGAGGAGGAAGACAUGUUUGAUGUUGUUGCUCAACCAGAAGGCAAAGUCGGUGCUAAAAAGAUGAAGAAGCUGCAAGAGAAAGCAGAAAGAAAAGCAAUGAGAGAGCAAAUGGAACAAGAACGGGAAGACAGAAAGAAGCGAGAAGCUGAGAUAGAAAGGAUGAGAAAAAAACAAGCGGAGAAAGACAAAGCAGAAGCCAUCAUCAAGGAAGAAGAAGAAAAGCGACUACAGGAGGAGAAGAAGCAGCGAGAGCACGAGGAGUAUCUCCUGCUCAAACAGCAGUUCACCGUGGAUGAGGAGGGCCAGUGUGACGCCGAAGUUGAUCUCAGUUCAGAAUCUUUGCUUCAAGAGUUCAUACAGUACAUUAAGGACAUGAAAGUCGUAAUGCUUGAAGAUCUUGCUGCUCAUUUCAAGUUAAAGACACAGGAUGUCAUUCAGAGAGUACAGGACCUGCAGGCAGAGGGUCAGCUAACUGGCGUUAUCGACGACCGCGGAAAGUUCAUUUAUAUAACCAUGGACGAGCUGGAACAGGUGGCCAAAUACAUCCGGCAACACGGCCGCGUGUCCAUCACCGAGCUGGCUCAGUCCAGCAACAGACUGAUUGACCUAAAUCCAGACAACGCACAGACACACCUCGCUCUGCUUUCCACAGUGUCGUCAUGAUCAACUCACAGAAUUUCUCUUGGCUUUUGUAACGAUAAUGUUGGAUGUUUUAAAUUAAAGUUGUAUUUAUUGGGA